CAAACACUGUUUUUUGGGGGGGAAACUUGCGCUCAGCGCAUAAAAGAAAUGUUUAACACAAAACGAGGUACAAAAGGUACAAAACAGCGCAGGCGGCUUGGCAGGUCACCAUGGAAACGGGUGUGAUAAAAAGGGCAGUAAGGGUAGUUUCGGUGGAAGACGCCACGGCGAAACUCCGUCCAUUACUUCACACGACUGAAACGGAUAAAUGUUGACGCUUCCGCGCUGUCUCUUUCUCGCAGUAGACAAAUACGGUCAUGUUUAACAGUUGCAGGCCCAUGUCGCUCUAUAACGUGAAGGCUACGAUCCGAAGAGUCCAGCUAUAGGCAAUCUGUAGGUGUAAUAUGCCGAGGCUUUACGCUACCCUUACUACCAUUUAGUAAGAGGAACGCAUGCGCAUUGACAACAAGCAGCCGGUCUGAAAAGUCCUGUUUUAACGGAUGUAAUCAAGGCAACGGAUUCCCUCAAUCUUCGGCAUCCAUGGUGAUAUCCCCAUGGGAUCCCAGCGGAUGGAGAUGCGGAAGCGUCAGACGACGGGGCAACAGGACGCGGCGGGUACCGUGCAGACCCCGCCAGACCCAGGGAACCGAGGACCCAACGCCUGCUGCUUCUGCUGGUGCUGCUGCUGUAGCUGCUCUUGGAACGAGGACGGGAACGAGAGGAACCGGAGGUCCUCCUACGAGACCAAGACCGACGGGGCCACAGACUGCAACCAGAGACCCACGCCUUCUGCGGAGGACGUCCUCUCCUGGGGACAGUCCUUCGACAAGCUGAUGAAGUGUCCGGCGGGGCGGUGCGCCUUCCGGGAGUUUCUGCGGACGGAGUUCAGCGAGGAGAACAUGCUGUUCUGGCAGGCCUGCGAGGACCUGCGGGCGGAGAGCGCCAAGGCCGCCGUGGAGGAGAAGGCCCGGCUCAUCUACGAGGACUACAUCUCCAUCCUCUCGCCCAAAGAGGUGAGUCUGGACUCGCGGGUUCGAGAGGUGAUCAACAGGAACAUGGUGGAGCCCUCGGUGCACACGUUUGACGACGCGCAGCUGCAGAUCUACACGCUGAUGCAGAGAGACUCGUACCCCCGUUUCAUCAGCUCUCCAGCCUACAAAGCCCUGCUGAACACUGUCUCAGAGCAGGCCCCCGAAUCUUAGCUCCGCCCCCACAAUCAUAGCUCCGCCCCCGGAAAACAGGCUCCUGAAUCUUAGCUCCGCCCCCAGGAUCUUAGCUCCGCCCCCGGAAAACAGGCUCCCGAAUCUUAGCUCCGCCCACUAAUCUUAGCUCCGCCCCUGCGGAAAACAAGCUCCCGAAUCAUAGCUCUGCCCCUGGAAAAGAGGCCCUGAAUCUUAGCUCCGCCCCCUAAUCUUAGCUCCGCCCCUGCGAAAGAAAGGCUCCCGAAUCUUAUCUCUGUCCCCGCAAAAAAAACGCUUUUCCUCCCUUCCCUUCGUCAUGUGACUUUAUUAGUGUAGGGCGUGUCAAAGAGCAGGCCGUGGCCCCCCCACCCCUCCCCUCCGGCGGGCGGGGCCGUCCUACAGGUGUGUCCCGGCUCAGGUGAUUCUCAGGUCUCCGUCACACACCUCAGACCAGCGGAGAUCUCCGCACCGCGAGCUCAAGAAGAAAAAAAAAACCGCCAUCGGAACAACAAAGCCGCGAGAUGCGCCAAAGGAUACUAGUUAUGGUUUUUUAAACGUAACUGUCUGAUCUUUAUAUGUUUCUUUUGUUAUUAUGUUUUUGUAUUAUUGUGUUGGAGGAAGGAAAAAAGAGCCAGAUGUGGGGUUUUUUUAAUGUGUAAAUUGAAAUUGUAGAUUGUUUCCUCAACGGUUAUUUUUUGGCUUGAAAUAGGAAAAAAUGGAAUAUUAGCAAUUGGGGGGGUUGUGGUGUGUGUGUGUAUACUGAAAUGCACAGAAAUGCGUACGAGAAUCAAAGCUUGUGACAGGAAAGAGUCGCUGUCUACCUGUGUGAUAGACCGUGAUUUUUACGCCCUCCUCCCUCCCCUGGUUCACAGAGCAUAACUUCACGCCGCAGUAUCGGUCAAAAUGACUCGGCAACUCCAAACUUUGAGAGCGUGUGAAAGUCUGCCAGGAGACAAAAGGCAAAGAGCUAUUCUAAUCUGCUCCAAGAAAUGGGAUUGCACUAAAACACCCGGUAGAUGGAUCCUGUCGUUCUAGCAGGCUGAGACUGCCCAUGUUCAGAACCUGUAGACCCUCAGGCAGUCCAUAUAAUAGAAGUAGAACACUGGAGAACUUCAGCCAUUUGAAGAGCGGAUAUAUUUUGGAAUGCUUUUCAAAAUUCAGAUGUCAGUGUUCUGGAACUCCACUGCUUUCAGUCGUACCAGUAGUGAUUGUGGCAUCAUCAGCAUUGGAAUGUUCAGUUAAGAAUGUUCUAAUCGCGUGCUUGUGAUCUCACACCAUACAGGGUUAUCAACGUAUAUCUAGUCUGCACCUCGAGUGCUCACUGUGGAUCAGUCUACAGUAUUUUCACAUCGCAGCUGGGGUUUGGGAUUUUGGUUUGGUAACCUUAAUUGUAAUCCUGCGUAAACUGAACUUGGAUCUGCUCUUUGAAGAUCAGAGCCUGGAUUGAUAGUCUUAGGGUAAACUGUUCACCCAAGAUCAAGUUUCCCCUGUCCCUAUCCGUCCUUCUGUUCGUCCGUCCGUCCGUCCACCUCAUUCAAACGGAAAAAACGGAUCAUAGGUUGGCACUCUUGCUCUUAGAAGCUUCAUAAAUAUGGAUCCAGAUCCUCUUGCAGUUUAUCUCCAAGAUCUAUGGCUCGUCCUUCCAAACGGGACAUUUGGGAAUAACCUAUCGGAAGGCUUUUUAUCACGGUCGAGAUGAACGUGUGCACAUGGAUUUCGGCUCGCUCAGUUUCAGCAAGUUCUUGAUCACUAAACUCUUGUGACAGAGGCAGACAGCUUGGGCAACAGCAUACGGUAAGAUUAAAGAUCACUGUGACCACGAUACGCAGACCACACUCAGAGCAAUGGUAUGAAAGUGAGGCUGUAUGUUUUUAUGAUUAUAAGCUUCAUUACUGUACAUGCAUGGAAAUGGCCUCUCUACAGACUCAAAGAGCAAAUAUUAGGAGUCAGUACUGAUACUGUAUUGAGUGUGAUUCCUUUAGAGAUACUGUGCAAAUAUUUUUCUUGACUCUUUUUUUUUUGUCCCGGUCUUUGGUGGGCCUAUUCAGCUCUGAGAGUGAGCUUCAGCUCACCAAACAGGACAUUUUCGGUUCAAAACUGUACAUUUUGUUGUUUAAUAUCUAUUAAUCUCUUGAUCUUAGACUGAAGUUGAAAGAAUUUGGAGUUGCCAAGUUUAAUUAUGUAUUUAUUUUACCUGUUUUUGCCUGAUGUGUGUGUCACUCAAAGAUGAGACCUACACUUGGUGAAGUGCCUUGGCAUUCGGUGUAUGACAUCACUAACCUUGCACUGCCUGGCCAAUGCGGUGCAGAUUAGAGCGAUAAACCCGCCCUCUGUCCAGGAUGUAACCAAUCACAUCUGCUCAGCGGUGGAAUAUGUCACACUUCCGCAGACCGUCCUUCCGAGGACCAAACCAGGGUCCAAACUGGGACAUCCUGGGGGGCCGAUCACUGCUGCAGUAAGUGCUGCCCCCACAAUGUAAGGCAAGAUCUCCAGAGAUCUGCCCGUUUAAGUGGGGAGACGAUCCAAUCCAAUCAGUGGUCCCAUGCAAAAGGGCUUGUGCUUACCACAUUGCAUGCUACACUCUGAUUGGCUAAGGCACCUAUUGUGAUCAACUAGGGCCAGGAUCUCCUCCGACUAGUUCAAGCAUCUAUCGUAACAUACUGGGACUAGAAUUUCCUCUGAUUGGUUACUGCGUUUAUUGUGACACACUGGGACCAGGAUUCCUCUUAUUGGUUACUGCGUCUAUUGUGACACACUGGGGCCAGGAUUCCUCUGAUUGGUUACUGCGUCUAUUGUGACACACUGGGACCAGGAUUCCUCUGAUUGGUUACCGCUUCUAUUGUGACACACUUGGGGGCCAGGAUUCCUCUGAUUGGUUGUCUUAGACUGUGGGUUCUGAGAUUAAGGGAACACUGCAUCAGUCUCCAUCGUGCCACAGACAGAGACAGUGAGUACUGGAUCUGGGUGGCACUUCAUCUCCAAGCAAAAGGUGCUGCGUUUGUACAAUUUGAGUUGGUGGAGCGACCGAGUAGAUAAAGCUCAGCUGAUCCAGACCUCAGAUGAUCCAAACCACGGGUCUGGAGAGACACUGCCUAUCAAUGCUUUUCCUUUCAAAUAUGAAAUGUGUUACUUCAGAGUUUACCUUAAAAACAGAUGUUUAGUUAAAAAACAUGUUAAUGUUUACAGUAUUGGGGGAGGGGUGGGUAGAUAACUCAAUGUGGAAAAUAACUGGAAAAAGUGGGCAUUUCAGUUUAUUUAAAAUAUAAUAAAGCACAAUCAUUCUCCCA